CACACACGGCUCAAAGGUGGUAGUUGUCAACUUGGACGCACUGUUGUAACGUCACUCAGAGAGCUCAGAUGACGGUCCGUGUUCUGUUUUGGCUCUGUUGACCUCCGGUAGAUGGCGACCUCCUCAGUCUGCAAUUCCUCCCUCCAGUUGCAUUCAGGAUUAAGACAGUUUUAAUGACUCGUGACAGAAGGAAUAUUUAUAGAAGAAAAAAGAAAAAUCCUAAACUGCAACUGGUUGUUCGUCUACGUGUGACUUGCAAUUGCCAGGCAACCAAUUCAGGGUGGAUCUGAACGUCCAAAGUCAGUUAAGCUAAGCGCCAGCACGUGCAAGAACCCAAGCCAAGAUGAGCCACGUGGGGGAAGGCCAAUCCAUCAGCAGCUGCAAAUGCCACACGGACACCACUAAGCACAAAAUAAAACGACUGAGAUCUCGUAAGGAGCGCAGUCAGACGAGAUGUGUCGGCUGCAGCAAAGAUGUCUACAAGGCGGUCAAAACAUACCAGUAUCACCGUUGCCAUCAGGGCAGCCUGGAUAUUGGGCACCUGCACAGCUGCUGCCAUCACAGCCAGAGGGGGAACAUUACACCGCCGCCGCUCUCCGACUCGCAUGUGCCCACACAGGAAGCCAGCAUCAUCACGACGGCCCGUCUCAUAGGGCAUCGCGGCCUCUUCAACCGUGAGGUGAAGUCAGUGGACAUCGAGCGCCUGUUACUGGGGAAGAAGGAAAAGAAAGUCAAGGAGAAGAAUGUGGUGGCGAAGAAGGACAAGAAAGCAAAGGCGACAUCUCUAUUUGUUAGGAGUGACACCAGUGGUCCCGAUGAAGAGGCUCAAGCCACAGAGACCCAUCAAGGACGUGACAAGAAAAUUCAGGCGUCAGGCGUAACACCGGACCAAAAAGAACAAGACCAUUCUUCAUUCACAACCUCUGCUGAAGCUCCGGCAGAGAAGGGCAGGAAAGUCAGGCCACGCGAGAAGCCGCCAUAUUUUGCGGAGCUCACCCCAAUGAUGAAGAACCCUCCUGACCCGCACCGGCCACCUAGCCCGGUUAUCUGUCAGACGGUUGCCGUAGAAAUUGAGCAUGACUCUCACGCUCAAAGAGGAGGGGUCGCCCCGAAGUCCAUCCGUGCAGUGGCGGAGCGCUUGUGCGAAGCCUUGCACUUCCCUUUAAUGAAAAAGCGCGACCUGGUGGCUGAGAGCAGGGAGGUCCUGUUCUGUGUCCUGCGGGAGACGCACCGUCAGCACCUACAGAAGAACAUCCUGAGCAUACAAUCAGGCAAAGGCCUCCACCGUCACGCCAGAAGAGCGGUCCGCAAGCCAAAGGACUCAAAGAAAGGCCAGGAUAGACGCCGGAUUCCAGAUGCAUUCCCAGCAUCGUUUCAAAUCCACUCUGCGGAUCCUUUCUAUUUGAAUAAUGAGGAGGCUUCAGUUUUGGAAAACACGAAGAAGGUGAGGAAGCACGUUUCCUGGGAUUUCAGUCCGCCGCCACAGCAGCACCUGGACCAGCCUACCGCCUGGCCAAGUCCUAAGGACAUCUCAGCAGGCUUCUUGGAAGACAUCUUCAGGCCUUGCGCCUCACCAGAGUUCAGCAUGGACUUUGACUGCUCCUCCUCCAACCCCUCUUUUGCAGUGACUCAUCGGUUGUUUGCCCCAUCUCCCGUCUGGCAAGCAGAACCCUUGGCUCAGAGAUUUGGAAAAACGCCCACUGCAGUGGAUCCCUUCGAGGACUGUUUUGUGCGUGGGGAGGGUCAGUCGCAGGUGAGCGGCAGGCGACACGGCCCCCACCAGGAGCUAAGAGGUCGAUAUUCACUGCAGCACUUUCCCCAACCGCAGAACACUUUAAUUGAAAACCAACCAUCCUUCACCUUCCCCUCCCACAUGUUAACCUCUCUCCAUGGGCACCAUUUCCCACCAUCUUUUUUUCUCGAGAGCCCUCCACCCCCGUUCACUUCCUUGUCGAGCCCCAAACAUUGGCCCUUUGGCUCCAGGAAAUUGUACUGACGAACUAUUUGACUCACUUUUUUUUUUGUGUGUCCUGUGUGCUGAUUUCUGUUUAUUUGGAAACACUCAUCGUAAGUCAUUGUACUUGUCACUCCACAGAUAAAGAACAGUAAAGGUGUUCUCUUUGUAUUAAAAUUAAUCAUAAUAAACUUACCACAAAACAUUCCGUGUCAGUACAAAUUCAUAUUGAAACACUAUAAAAGGAUACAAAAGUCAAUGCAAGUGUCACCCUUGUGCUAUCGUACGCACCAAAUAGAGUGGUGCACUGAGAUGCUAGUUUAAUUCGUUCAUGACUAUUUUUACACAUGGCUGUUGGGUGUCACAGGUGCUCGGGGAGUGCGGGAGGGAUGUGUUUUGUGUUUUGUCUUGUGAAGCAAUUUGUGUCGCUUUUUAUGCAUGAAAUGCUACAGCGAUCACUUUGAUUAAUUGAUUUGACCAUGCUUAUAACUAAACACUUGUUUUCCUAAAUUGUUUUCCCGUCAAAAUAAAUGGAAAUCCAUCUUUGAUAAUCUGUUAGCCCCCCCCCUUACCCACUCCCAAAAACAUCAAAAAUAUUGUAAUGUUAAAAAAAGAAAAACAUAACCUGCAAAAACAAAUACUGUAAUAACUUUUCCCAAUGUAAUGGCAUUCCUUGCUAUUAUGUGGGAUCUACUGUAUUCAUAGUUUGUAAACCAGAUUAAUGGUCUGUUGCUGCAACCAACUAUUUGUGUCAUCUAAUUUUGGAAGUCUGGCGUGGACUCGUGUCUCAAACUUAUGGCCUUAUCUCAACACCAAAACUUGGACAAACGAUGGCACUUGUAUUUAAAAAAAUAAAGCAAUAAAUCUUAUGUCAAGGCUAUCGUAUUUCAAGGCAGCACUAGAAACCAGUUGCAUUAAUUCCUACAGAACGAACUACAUAUAUAUAAUCCACAAAAGUUGAAUCGAUGUAACUGGACUUAUCCUCAGUGAAAAACUGACUUUGGAUGAUGGAGAAUGGACACUAAUGAA